AUGUUGGGCAUUCUGACAUGGUCUCGAUGUCACAUUCGUGAUGGUCAGUCGCAUCUGUCCGCGUUAAGCACACUUGAACAGGUUGCGGCUGUAGCUACACGUUCCAAUUUGAGCCGGUCGCCAAAUGCAAACCCUAUUUUCACCGAACCAUGGUGCUACAAUCUUCUUCACGUGAGCUCAGGUCUUUGUCAAGAAGAGGCAAUCUUCCAGACGGAGCCUAAAGUCUCUUAA